CUAACAUACAAAAAGCAAGGUAGAAUUAAAUAAACAAGUUUGUUAAAUGGACCCAAAAGGAAAAAAUCAAAUUCAUUUAUGACAAUGCUCCCAUAACCUUCCCUUUUCUACACACACAUCAUACCACAAAAAAAAAAUCCUCACAAUUUUCUUCAUCCAACAAGCAUGUUAGAUUCAAGAAACCAAGAACCCAUUGAUCAUAUGCCAAUUCUUGAUCCAAUUACAACUUCAAAUUACACUUAUAAUAAUAACACUUACCAACUUUUCAAUUUUGCCCCUACAAAUGAUAAUGGAGUUGAAGAUAUGUCACAACAACAUGUUGAUUUAGUUGAUGUUGAUCAAUCUGGUGUUUCUUCACCACCCUUAUGGAAAAACACCUCAUCAAGAAGCCAUGAUCCCUCCUUUCAAAACUCAAUAAAUCAUCGGUUAAACUCACCUAGCCUUAGAGCUCUAGCUAUAGCUCAAGGCCAAUGGGAACUCAUGGAAAUGGUCAAGAACAUGCCUGAAUCUUGCUAUGAAUUGUCCCUUAAAGAUCUUGUUGAGAAAAAUGAUCAAGAACAAUGCUUGAUAAAUAAAGAGGAAGGAAGUUUUACUAGCACUAAUGAUCAUCAAGAACAAGUUGUGCAGCAAAGGGUGAGAAGCAUAAAAAGGCAAGAAAGUAGCAAUAUGAAUGGUGAUCAAAAGAAGCGUAAAGAAAGUUUUGAAGAUAAGGGGUCUUUUCUAAAGGUGUUUUUUCCAAUUCCACCGAAGGUGAAGAAUUCAACAAAAACAAGUGGUACUAAAGUUUCACCAAAGGUGUUAGCAGAAGGUGGUACAGAUAAAUCAGAGAAAGAUUGGUGGAAGAAGAGAUUUUCUUGUUCAAGUGAAAGUGAUAGUAGCAAAACAGGUAGUAGUAGUAAUAGUGAAAGUACUGGUAGAAGUGGUAGCAGUGGCAGCAAUGAUAGCAGAACAAGUACUAAAAGGAAAAAGAAGGGUUUUUUAACCAAAUUGUGGUCAAAAACAUGCUUUGGUAAAAGCAAAUCAGCAGAAUGAAGACAAACCAAAUAUAAUCUUUCUUGUUUGGUUUGGUUAUGAGACAUGUAAAUCAUUCAUACUUUUACCAAGACUUACAGAUGAAAAAAAUCCUGUAAAGUUCUUUGAUAAUAAUCUCUUUUUGUUUCUGUAUUAGUAGAUUUACUGUAAAAGAGUUUUGCAAUGUAUCACUGUAUAAUUCUUUGGAGUGGUUACGUCGAUAUGUCUUCCCUUAUUCCCGACAUUCUAUAGUACCCUGAAAGUGCUAGGAGCACCAACAUUGUUUGGAUCUGAUCUAUUUACUCGGCAAUUCAUCAACGGGCUUUGUUCUUU